AUGGUUGCCCUCGGCGUUGAUGAUGGCUGUGUCGGCGUCGGGCGCAUCGUCCGCUCCUUUGGCCUCGUUCAUGCUCCUCAUGUGAAGAUCAUCAACUCCCUUGUAGUCCCUCAGGAGGGUCAGUACUUAAAGCUGGAGUGUAUGUCCAAAGGAAACCCUUCGCCAGACCCUGUGAUGUGGACAAAGGACGGGGGUGAGCUUCCUGACCUGGACCGGAUGAUUGUAGAGGGGAGGGAGCUCACCUUUACUUCGCUCAACAAGACAGACAAUGGCACUUACCGCUGCGAAGCUAGCAACCACCUCGGGACCAGCAGCGCUGAAUAUGUACUCUACGUCUAUGACGUCCCCACAACCCUGCCUCCAUCCACCACUCUCCCCCUACAUCCCAUCCCUCCAGAUCCUACCGCUCAAUUAGGCACCCACGACCCCACAGUCACUGGCAACAGAGAUCCCAACGCCAUUGGGCAGCACGGCACGGACCAUGCCUUGAUCGGAGGAGUGGUGGCUGUAGUCGUCUUCGUCACCUUGUGUCUAAUCAUUGUUCUGGGAAGAUACCUGGCCAGGCAUAAAGGUAAAACCACAGUGGACCAGACCUCUCAAGGCUCAUGGAGCAACAGAAGCAUGUCCUACUUGUCCCAUUAGACAUCCGAGUCCCUCCCCAAAUCCCAAGUUACAAGCAACAUACCAACGGAGGAAAAAGAAUGGAGGCUUAAGU